AUGGAUGAUGACAGACCAAAAACAUCUUCGUUUUCGUUCUCCAGGUUUGGUCGUAGGUUGGAUUAGAGAAAGACUACUGGAACUAGAUUUUAUCCUUAAAAUGUCGUUACGAUUCCUCCUAUUAAAUUGGAAAAGAAAUAAACUCAAAAAGGAGAUUGGCUAUUCAGAAGAAUAGAUAGAUCGCAAGGAUCCAUCUAUUCAUAACAGUAAUAAGCAACCUAAGCAGAAAGAGAUUACAAACCUCAUUUUGAUAUUAUAGAGAAACAUAUUCCAACAAUAAGUUUUGAAAAGCAAACAAAGAGGAGAUCUAUGAGUCUAUCGAGCAAUUAAUAGGAUAUAUCGAAUGUUUAGAUUCCUCCUCCAAAAGUAAAGAUGAUGAUUCCAUUUGAAAAAUAAGAAGGAAGAAAGGAUGUGUAAAGGGAUACAGUUGAUAAAUUUUAUUAGCCAAUGGAUUUAGCAAAAACAAACAAUGCUCAUUCUUUUGAAUCCUAUUCAGCAAGGAAACCAUUGGUGGAGAAGGAUGCUAUGCCCGAUUAUGAGAUUUAGAAGAGUUUCAAUUACAUAAAAUCUAGAAGGUCUACAGCUGUUGAUUUUGGGAAGUCAUCUUAUUAAAAGGAGCACUUGCCUAUAACAUCCUUGUUAGAUUAUGAUGUCAAAUUAAAUAAGAAAAUCAGAACAAUCUUGUUUCAUAAGCAAAUACCCAGGGAGAAAAAACCAUAGAAUGAAAUGUUUAAUAAACUGUUUCAGCGUUUAAAAGCCAGGGUUAAUUGA